CCUAGUGAAGGAGGUAGUAUUUGGGGAUGUGUCUAAUGCUUUUUUUUUUUCUCUUCCAGCCUUGGGGGCUGCAUAUGGAACAGCAAAGAGUGGCACGGGUAUUGCAGCCAUGUCUGUCAUGAGGCCUGAGCUCAUCAUGAAGUCAAUCAUCCCUGUUGUCAUGGCGGGUAUUAUAGCUAUCUAUGGCCUCGUAGUGGCAGUCCUCAUUGCUAAUGCCCUCUCACCUUCUAUCACGCUAUUCAAGAGCUUUCUUCAGCUGGGUGCUGGCUUGAGUGUGGGCCUCAGUGGUCUGGCUGCUGGCUUUGCCAUUGGCAUUGUGGGUGAUGCAGGUGUACGGGGAACAGCACAGCAGCCCAGGCUAUUUGUGGGCAUGAUCCUGAUUUUGAUCUUCGCUGAAGUCUUGGGUCUCUAUGGCCUCAUUGUUGCCCUUAUCCUCUCCACAAAGUAAACAUCACGGUAUGAUGUAAAGAGAUGUAACAAAUCCACAUUUAAAAAAAAAAAGCUCCAGAAUGAAAAUGGUCUCUCCAAUGUGUACAGUUGUCCCAAUUUGGUAGUUGAUCUCUUGUAAAUGCGCAAUGUAUGUUAGUGACUUGUCUGUCCUGUGUGUACUUCAAUAUUAAAUUGGAUGGGCUGUUCCAAGCCUGCUGCAUGGCUUGGGGUGGCCUGUGUGCAAUUUUCCACCCAUUGCUGUUAGUAAUUUAUGUAUAAAUAUGAACUAGAAAUGUAAUUUUUUCUCUUCACUGGAUGUUUAUUUAUAAAAGACUUGACAUGUUCAUACAUCUAUGGAGCAAGGAUUUUCAAUUUCCCAUGCUAUAUAUACUAAUCUUAUAUAUAGGUAGUUUACACUGUGGGGUCAAUUGUAAGUGCAGAGAAUUCCUUGGAUGUAACUUUGAUUCUAAAGAUUGCUGUAGUGUCCUGGUAUUGGAGUAUGAGAAUUUCAUGUUUUAUUACAGCAAUUGUCCGAAACACUCCUGUGUUUCAGUAGUAACCAUGUAUGCUCUGGCAUAAGAGUCAUGCACCCAGUGUUGGGUUACAAACUUAUACCAUGUUUCCAAAUAAAACUUCCUCACUACAUUGC